GCUUUUUGGCAGAGGGACUGUAUCUGCACAUCCACCUCCACCACCAUCACUCACACUAUCGUCCUCAUGGCUAUGAAGGAGCUGAAGAGUAAAGCCUUCUGGCGGGCCGUCCUGGCCGAGCUGGUGGGGAUGACCCUCUUCAUCUUCCUCAGCAUCGGCGCCGCCAUCGGCAACCCCAACAACGCUAACCCGGACCAGGAGGUGAAGGUGGCCCUGACCUUUGGCCUGGCCAUCGCCACACUGGCUCAGAGUCUGGGUCACAUCAGCGGAGCCCACCUGAACCCUGCUGUCACCCUGGGCAUGCUGGUCAGCUGCCAGAUCAGCCUCCUGAGGGGCGUAUUCUACAUCCUGGCCCAAAUGCUGGGCGCUGCUGUGGCCAGCGGCAUCGUCUACGGAGUCCGGCCUGAAAACACCUCUGCACUGGGGCUCAACGCGCUCAACAACAUCACUCCUGCUCAGGGCAUUGGCGUGGAGCUUCUGGCCACCUUCCAGCUCGUCCUGUGCGUCCUGGCAACCACAGAUAAAAGAAGGCGGGACGUGAUGGGCUCCGCCCCCCUGGCCAUUGGCCUCUCCGUGUGUCUGGGUCAUCUGACAGCCAUCAGCUUCACCGGAUGUGGGAUUAACCCCGCUCGGUCCUUCGGGCCCGCCGUGAUCCUCAACGACUUCACCAAUCAGUGGGUCUACUGGGUGGGGCCAAUGUGUGGGGGCGUGGUCGCCGCGCUGAUCUACGACUUCCUGCUGUACCCCAAAAUGGACGACUUCCCCGAUCGCAUUCGGGUGCUGGUGACCGGACCUCCUACCGACUACGACGUCAACGGAACCGACGACCCCCCGGCUGUAGAGAUGACGUCAAAAUGAAACGAAUCCUGUUACUUAGUGUAUCAAACUCCGAAAGGCCUUAAAACACCUGUAAAUACUUCGUUCCCUCCAACUGAGGGAGAGUAGCGUUAUAUAUAUUUUUCCCAAUUCAAUCCAAAAUAGAGAAAAACUAGAAAAAAAAAAAAGUUUUGUCAAUGCAAACCGAGAGGCCUCUGUUGUAGCUGUUCAAUGGAAGUUUGGUGUCAGCUCACCUUUCUUCUGUUUGAACUCCUGCGUAGUAAAUAUGAAGUAUGUACCUCUAUUUUCUGAAUUGUUGUUAAAACUUUUGUAUGGUUUUUUUUCCGUUUUCUGAGUGAAAGUAUCAGUAUUUUAGUUAGUCUCUUGUUUUGUAAACAGUUCUAUGUAAAUGAUUGCAUUUCAUUUUGUAUUGUAUAACGUGUGCACUAUACAUUUCUUUCCUUCACUUUUGUAAGUUAAUAAAGUGCCUGAUGUUACAAACACUAAA